AGGAAGUUAAAUGACACUAUGAAUUGUAUUUUACAUUGUGUAAAAUUAAAAGAAAAGCGACGACGAGCUUUGCAAAAACCAAUAUGGUUGCCUCUUUCAACAGAGGCAGAGAUGCAAAGUUUUGAAAAAGUUAAUGAAGAAAGAUAUGAAGAAGUUGUGGAUUAUCUUGAAUACGUGGGAGGAUUCACAGUGAAGGAAGCAAUUAACUUAGCCUUUAAGGAAGUCAUAAAAGAUAGUUUGACGAUGUUGUACACUUGGUUCGGCCGCGAAAAUGGUCCACAGCCCUUAUAUAGAACGCGGAUAAUAAUGGCAAUUUAUGAUGCCAUUUGUAAUAGUCGACACUUCAACAAACCAACCAGGGCAGAGUUCCAAGCGUGUGCGAGAGAGGCUUUGCGGGCAGCAAAACAAAGAUACAGGAUGAAUACCCGCGUACAGCAUGGAAGAGAGCGUCAGGUUAGAGCACGUGAUUUCUGGAACGUCGAAGAAGAAAAUAAUAGAAAUGACAAUAGAGAUGAUAACAUAGAAGAAAAUGAAGAAAAUGAAGAAAAUGAUGCUGAUGCCGAAUCUAAUUUGCAGUUGCUUCUAAUGGGUCCUGCAGAACGCAGAAACGCUUGUCGCGCAACGGAAGUUCUCACAUUAGCUAAUAAUUCGAUGUUCUUAAAUCGGCCUCAUUAUGCAAAACUUCUAGAAAUGAUGCAAUAUUACUUCUGCUGCGCAGCAAAAAUUGGAUUGAGUUCAACUACUCUUCAUUCUGAACAAAUGUUUAAAUGGGCACAACCUGAUUGUUAUGCCCAUUGA